UUCGCCGCCAUCGUAGGGCGUGCGUCUGACUCUUCCUCGCCAUGUCUUCUCACAAGACUUUCAGGAUCAAGCGUUUCCUGGCCAAGAAACAAAAGCAGAAUCGGCCCAUUCCCCAAUGGAUUCGGAUGAAAACUGGUAAUAAAAUCAGGUACACCUCCAAGAGGAGACAUUGGAGAAGAACCAAGCUGGGUCUAUAAGGAAUCGCACAUGAGAUGGCACCACAUGUUUUUGCUGUGUCAGGAUUGCUUGGAUCUUAACCGUGGCACUGAAAAGAUCGCUACUAUCUGAACAGUUGGUUGUGUUUUAUUGGGAGGUUAUAGGGAAAAUUAGUUUUGUCUUUAAUAUGUUUCUGCACUGGUAGGUUGGUUCAGUAAUAAAUAUGUGAGGCCUUCUAA